AUGACACAGAUCACGUCUGCUCACAGCUUAUUGGACAGAACCAUUUAUAGACCAAACCUGAGUGCUAAGGAGUUGGGAAAUGUGGAUGAUCAGAUAAAUAUUUGGUUAGCUUACCUUUUACGUCUGACCAGCAAGGAUGUUCCACCUAGUCGUUCUAAGAAAAAGAAGCCCAGAACAAAAACCACACUUGCUAGUGCUUCUUUGGAAGGCCUUGUUCAAACUGCUGUUCAUAGGCCUUCUGAGGGCAGUGAGCUAUCAACUAAAGAAUCCACAGAGCAUCUAGAAGCUCCCGUUCCAAGGAGAAACAAGAAGACAAGGCUACCCCUCGACUUGGAGACUUCUUUCACCCAUAAGAAGAUGUCUAGUCCAUCUCUAUUACGAAAUGAAAAUGGUGUUGAUGUGGAGCCAAGUGAGGAGGCAGUUAUUCAAAAGCCUCGAAGGAAGACAAAGAAAACCCAGCCAGCAGAAUUACAGUUUGUCAAUGAGCUGGGAGUAGAAGAUGAAGACAUAAUUACUGAUGAGCAGAGUACUCCAGAGCAACAGUCUAUAUUCACUGCACCUACUGGCAUUAGCCAACCCGUAGGCAAAGUGUUUGUGGAAAAAAGCCGGCGAUUCCAGGCUGCUGACCGUUCAGAGUUGAUAAAGACCACAGAAAAUACAGAUGUGUCAAUGGACAUGAAAGCUUCUUGGACAACCCGAGAUGUUGCACUUUCAGUGCACAGAGCUUUCAGGAUGGUUGGUCUCUUUUCUCAUGGCUUCUUGGCUGGCUGUGCUGUGUGGAAUAUUGUUGUGAUAUAUGUUCUAGCAGGAGAUCAGCUUUCUAACCUCUCCAACCUUCUGCAACAAUACAAGACCUUAGCGUAUCCAUUCCAGAGUCUUCUCUACUUGCUUUUGGCUCUAAGUACAGUUUCAGCUUUUGACAGGAUUGACUUUGCUAAAACAUCAGUGGCAAUCAGAAAUUUUCUUGCUCUGGAUCCCACAGCUUUAGCAUCUUUCUUGUACUUUGCUGCUCUUACGCUAUCCCUGAGUCAGCAAAUGACAAGUGACAGGAUUCACCUUUACACACCUUCUUCUGUUAAUGGCAGCCUCUGGGCAGCAGGAAUUGAGGAACAGAUUCUCCAGCCAUGGAUUGUGGUGAAUCUGGUGGUGACCCUUCUGGUUGGAUUGUCUUGGCUUUUUUUAUCUUAUAGGCCAAGCAUGGAUCUUAGUGAAGAGUUAAUGUUCUCAUCUGAUGUGGAAGAAUAUCCUGAAAAAGAUAAAGGAAUCAAAGUCUCUUCAUAAUACUACUCACCUUCAGAGUAAUGAUGACCCAGUCAGUAGUUAGAACUUUUCCCAUUAUUGUUUUUAAAUGUAUUUUUAUAAGGUAUGUACAGGUGUGUUUGGAAUUGAUUUUUUUUAUCAUACAAUACUGAAAAUUUUCUGAAGAUUAUGGAAAAUGGGGAAUCUGUAUCUGCAAUUUAAAACCAAACUUUAAUCUCUAUAUAGCAUUAUCAUCUUAAUGACAAAGGAGAUAAAGAGCUAGAAACCGGCAGGUGAAAGUGUUUAUUUCCUGUUCUCUCAAAUUAGUUGAAUUUAUAAUCACUACCUUAAAAACACUAAUAUUGAAAUAGCCAUUACUUUAGUGUUAUAAAAUACAUAUCAAGUUUUAACAUAAAUUAAGAUAAUAGGGAAGGAGAGAUAAAGCCAUUAUUUUUUGAUACCUCCUUACUGAAUAAAUUAAAAUAUGCAAUUUGUCUUUUUUUUAAAACAGACUUAGUGGUUGUAUAUCAGGUAAUAAGUAUAAUAUGUAAUUUAGAUUGAAAGAUGCUUAUUUUAUGUUUAAUAA